UUUUCUCAUCCUUCACUAUCAAAUAUCACAUUUCACUUGAUUUUGAGUUGAGUACAAUGGAUUCCAAAAAAGCAUUCAUCAUCCUUGGCUUUUUGGCCAUGGUUCUUUUUAUUUCAUCAGUGGUGUCAGCUAGGGACUUAUCUGAGACUUCCACUAAUACCAAAGAGAAGGUUGUUGAAAAGUCAAAUGAAGUAAAUGAUGCUAAAUAUUAUGGUGGAGGUUACGGUGGCUAUGGAGGCUAUGGUGGAGGUUAUGGUGGCUACCGUGGAGGCUAUGGUGGUUACAAUGGCGGCUAUGGUGGUUACCGUGGAGGCUAUGGUGGUUACAAUGGUGGCUAUGGUGGUUACCGUGGAGGCUAUGGUGGUUACAAUGGUGGCUAUGGUGGUUACCGUGGUGGUGGAGGAGGCUACGGUUAUGGCGGUGGCGGUGGUUACAAUGGUGGUGUUUCCGACCAUGGUAACUGAUUAUAUCACCAUGCAUGGACAUUUGAAGUUUAAUAAAUUUCAUGAAUAAAAAAUGUUGAACCAAAGAGGUACAUAGGUAUCCUUUGUGGUUAUGUAAUAUUUAUGUGUAAAAUAAAUUAUCACUAUGUAUAUAUGUGGUGAUGAGUUUGAUUUAGAACUAAAGUGGUGAAUGUAUUAUCGUGUGUAAUAUAGAAAAUGUCAUCGUUGUUUAAAUAUAUUUACCUAUUAAACAAA